AUGGAUCGCAACACCCGCGGAAUCGAUUCUUCUCGGGACCAGCAGCUCUUGAACGAGUUUCGUCUGCGGUAUCAUCAGUAUGUGCGGAAUGUUGAAGAUAUCACGGUGACUUCGUCCGACCCUACUGUCAUUGCUCGUCUUGGCGAUGACAUUAUGCAAUUCAGCCAGCUUGUUGAACAGAAUGCCAGUGUAUUCGAUGCUUCGGAGCUUACGAUCAUGCGGGAUAGUCUUGGACUCCUUCGUCAUGAUGUCCACCUCCUCCACAGUGACAGCCUCGAUCAAUCUCAUCAUGGCAGGCCUGUCAUCCUCACCCAGGUCCAUGGUGGUGGGCGUGGCCGACCAAGGCUUGUCAUCGACCCGACGUGGCUCCGCUGGGCAUAUGGCCACAAGUCUAUCGCGGAUAUAGCGCGUUUUUUAAACAUACACCGAUCUACUGUACGAGCUGCUCUCAUUGAGUAUGGCAUCAGCGAGUGCCGGUCUGAUCCAUUCGCUGGACGCGAAGAUACUAGCUCCCGGGUCACCUCCUAUACCCGACCUCUCACCGACAUCAGUGACGACGACCUUGACACCGCUGUCCGGGAGCUCCGGCGAUUGCCUUCUGACGUACGCGGUGCAGGUCUUAUUCGCUGGCGCAUCGUCAUACAUGGAUUCAUUGAUGGCUACUCAAGGCUUAUUGUGGGUCUGCACGCGAGCAACAACAACCGAGGCUCAACUGUUCUUGAUGUCUUUCUCAACGCCUGCCGAGUUUUUGGCACCAGAUGCUGGCAUGCUCAUGUAUGA